AUGACCGCUAUCCCCGUUGACGGAACAUGGUUUGACACCCUCAACAAGUCCUUCGCCGAUGUCCCCAUUGGCGAGGAUGAGGGUAUCUCGACAACCGAGUUUCUCGAGGCCGCUGAUUCCCUAGUGACCCUGUUUGAUGUUCUCGGUUCCGCUGCUUUCACCCCGGUCAAGAAAGACUUGCUGAACAAUAUCAAGAAAGUCCGUGACCGUCAGCUGGCAGCUCCUGGGGAGUCCGAGACUCUGCAGAAGCUUGUUCUGAACGAACUGAAGACCAAGAACCACACUGCCACCGAAGGUCUGGUCUGGCUAGUUCGUGGUCUCGACUUUACUGUGCAGGCACUCCGUCACAACAUCGACAACUCCACCAAGGAGCUCGCUGACUCCUUCCGCGAAGCUUAUGGCAAGACCCUUAAGCCCCACCACUCAUUCAUUAUCAAGCCCAUCUUCUCCGCCGCCAUGAGCGCAACCCCAUACCGAAAGGACUUCUAUAAAAAGCUUGGUGAGGAUCAGGGUAAGGUCAACGCCGAGCUGCUGAAGGAAGUCGUUGCAUUGGAGAAGGUCGUCAGCAUCCUGAAGACCUUCCAGGGUACCAAGGAAGCUCAAUGGUAG